ACGAUGGGAAGGAAGACCAGGAGGAAGCACCUGGCUCCUGGCUUUGGAUUGGCGCAGUUCUAGCCAUAGCAGCCAUUGAGGGGUGAACCAAUGGAAGGAAGACCUUUCUCUCUGUCUCUCUGUCUCACUGUUUAUAACUCCACCUGUCAAAUAAAAAAAAGAGAGAGAGGGAAAGAUAGGGAGAGGGUGGGAGGGAGAGACGGGGAGGAGGCAGGAAGGGAAUAUCAUUAUGUUCUUAGAAUUCUAUCUACAAAUUAUAUUGAAUCUGUUAAAAUAAUUUAAAUUUUAAAUUAAUUGUUUAAAGCUAUAAACAAGAUUAGAGCAGUUAUAGGAAUGGGGUAGGGAGCCGGCACCGCGGCUCACUAAGCUAAUCCUCCGCCUUGUGGCGCCGGCACACCAGGUUCUAGACCCGGUCGGGGCGCUGGAUUCUGUCCCGGUUGCCCCUCUUCCAGACUAGCUCUCUGCUGAGGCCCGGGAAGGCAGUGGAGGAUGGCCUAAGUCCUUGGGCCCUGCACCCCAUGGGAGACCAGGAUAAGUACCUGGCUCCUGCCAUAGGAUCAGCGCAGUGCACUGGCUGCAGCGGCCAAUGGAGGGUGAACCAACGGCAAAGGAAGACCUUUCUCUCUGUCUCUCUCUCACUGUCCACUCUGCCUGUCAAAAAAAAAAAAAGGAAUGGGUAGGGGCAGAUAUCAAACUCUGUUUAUAGAAUGCCUUCAUAGAAGGAAAACCAUUCUUGCCCCCAAAUUUCAGUUAACUUCCCUCCUUUUUAAAGAUUUAUUUAUCUACUUGAAAGAGUUACAGAGAGGCAGACGUACAAAGAGAGAAAAGGGUGGGGGAGGUCUUCCAUUCGAUGGUUCACUCCCUAGAUGGCUGCAACGGCUAGAGCUGCACCGAUCUGAAGCCAGUAGCUUCCUCCAGGUCUCCCAUUGGGUGCAGGGGCCCAAGUACUUGGGCCAUCUUCCACUGCUUUCCCAGGCCAUAGCAGAGAGCUGGAUUGGAAGAGGAGCAGCUAAGACUUGAACUGGUCUCCAUAUAAAAUGCCGGCAUGGCACACAGCGGCUUUACCUGCUACGCCACAGCACCAACCCCUCUAGUAUUGUUUUCCAACCUCAAAAACAAUUCUAGUCCACCCCACUAAUUUAGCACUUACACCAUUUGGUGUAUUUAUUUCACCAAAGCUCCUUGAUACCAGAAACCUUUCAGAUUUUAAAAUUCAUCCUUAAUUUUUUUUUUAAGAUUUAUUUAUUUUAUUUGAAAGUCAGAUUUACAGAGAGAGAAGGAGAGGCAGAGAGGGAGAGAGAGAGAUCUUCCAGCCACUGGUUCACUCCCCAAUUAGCCUCAAUGGCCAGAGCUGCACCGAUCUGGAGCCAGGAGCCAGGAGCUUCUUCUGGGUCUCCCACAUGGGUAUAGCGGCCCAAGGAUUUGGGCCAUCUUCUACUGCUUUCCUAGGCCAUAGCAGAGAGCUGGAUCAGAAGUGGAGACUUAAAACCAGCACCCAUAUGGGAUGCAGGCACUGCAGGUGGCGGCUUUAACUGCUACGCCACAGCGCUGGCCCCCAUCCUUAAUUUUUUAAAAGGAUUUAUUUAUUUAUUUGAAAGAGUUACAGUGAGAAAAGGAGAGAGAGAGAGAGAGAGAGAGAGAGAGAGAGGAGAGAAAUCUUCCAUCCACUGGUUCGCUCCCCAAAUGGUCACAAUGCCCAGUGCUGGGCCAGGUGCAAGCUAAGAGCCAGGAGCUUUUUCCAAGUUCCACAUGAAUGCAGCAGUCUAAGCACUUGGGCCCUCCUCCGCUGCUUUCCCAGGCACAUUAGCAGGGAGCUGGAUCAAAAGUGGAGCAGCCAGAACUCGAACUGGUGCCCAUAUGGGAUGCUGGUGCUGCAUAUGGCUGCUUAACCUGCUGUGCCACAGCACUGGCCCCUCAUCCUUAAUUUUGACUCAUCAGAUAAUCAAAGACAACUCUUUAAGGGAGUUGGGGGCAAAUAGUAUGGUGACCAGUGGGCUACCUGGGAGCCGGCAUCCUGUUUGGGAGUACCAGUUCAUGGUCUGCUCUUCUUCCAGCCCAGCUUCCUGCCAGCGCAUCCUGAGAGGCAGCAGGUGUUGCGCAAGUGGUUGGCCUGUCACUUCCACACAGACCCAAAUAGAGUUCUGGGCUCCUGGCUAUGGCCUGGCCCAGCCCUGGCUAUUAUGAGCAUUUGGGGAGUGGACCAGUAGAUGAAAGAUACCUUUCUUUUUUCCCUCUCUCUUUCUCUUUCCUCUGCCUUUCCAGUAGAAAUACUUUUUUCAAUAUAGUCAGUUUUUAUUGGAUUUCAGAGUUUCGAAAAAGCUAGAGUAGAUGAGUCAAAUUCUCAUAUAUAGAUGGGAAUAUCAAUUACCCUGUUUUAAAAUACUUUGUAAACUAAAAUACAGUAUAAGGUUUUUUUUAAAGAUUUAUUUAUUUGUUUGAAAGGCAGAGUUACAGAGGCAGAGGCAGAGAGAAACAGAGAGGUCUUUUUCUACUAAUUCACUCUCCAGAUGGCCGCAACAGCCAGAACUAUGUGGAUCCAAAGCCAGGAACCAGUAGCUUCUUCCUGGUCUCCCUCACAGGUGCAGGGUUCCAAGCACUUGGGCCAUCCUCCACCGCUUUCCCAGGCCAUAGCAGAGAGCUGGAUCAGAAGUGGAGCAACCUGGACUCCAACCGGUGCCCAUAUAGGGUACUGGCACUGCAGGUGGUGACUUUACCCACUAUGCCACAGCACUGGCCCCAAAAAUAUUUUCUUAAAGUCCCUUUUAUAUAUAUCAUGUGAUUCAUUUAAAGAUAAUAUUUCCUGUCAUUCUUCUGAAUCUAUCAAAUAUUUGAUAACCUUAAAAUAGAAAAAACACAUUGCGCAGACUCUAAAUACUUAAGGAUAUGAAUACAACACAUUUGGUUUUACUUAUUAUUUCUCACAAUGAACACUAUUAUUUAUAGUGCUCAUUCCUUACCUUAAACUUAUGAAAUAUUAUGCAAUAAUUUUGACAUUCAUAAUAUAUUUUGACUUCUAUAUGUGUAUUAAACUCUCAAUGGCAUUAUUUAGGUAAAAUUGAUAUACAGAAACUGGUACACAUUUUUACAUAACUAUACCCGUGCAAACCUUACCAUUGUCAAAAUAGUGAAUAUACACAAAUUCCCCAAAAGCUGAUGGGAUCCCUUCACAGUCUCUGUCUGCCACACUCCCCUUUACCUGGCAACCAUUGUAUGUUCUGAAUCACAGUACGUUAGUUUGUGUUUCCUAGAAUAUUAUGUGAAUGGAAUCAUAGAAUGUGUACUUUUUUUAUUUUUUUUAAAGAUUUAUUUAUUUACUUAGACAGGUUACACAGAGAGAGAAGGAGAGGCAGAGAGAGAGAUAGAGAGGUCUUCCAUCCACUAGUUCACUCCCCAGUUGGCUGCAAUGGCUGGAGCUGUGCUAAUCUGAAGCCAGGAACCAGGAGCUUCUUCUAGGUCUUCCACAUGGGUGCAGGGGCCCAAGGAAUUGGGUCAUCCUCCACUGCUUUCCCAGGCCACAGCAGAGAGCUGGAUUGGAAGUGGAGCAGCCAGGACUCAAACCAGCGUCCACAUGGGAUGCCAGCGCUGCAGGCGGUGGCUUUACCAGCUACACCACAUGCCAGCCCCCUCUUUUUUUAUUUUUUUAAAGAUUGAUGCAUUUAUUUGAAAGGCAGAGUGACAGGGAGGGAGAGUCAGACAAAGAGAUCUUCCAUCUUCUGGUUCAUUUCCCAAAAGGCCGCAAUGGCAAGGGCUGGGCCACAUGGGUGGCAGGUACACAAGUACUUGGGCCAUCAUGCACUGCCUCCCAGGUGUAUUAGCAGGAAACUAGAUCAGAAGCAGAGUAUCCAGGACUCAAUCAGGCACUCUAACAUGGGCUGUGGGUGUCCCAAGAGAUGGCUUAAGCCACUGCACUACGGCACCCACCCAAGUGUGUGCUCUUAACUGACUUGGUUCACUCAGAUUAGUUACUUUGAGACCCAUCCAUGUGGCAGCAUGUAUCAACAGUACAUUCCUUUUUAUUGCUGAACAGUGUUACCAUUGUAUGGAUAUAUCACAAUUUCUUCAUUCACUUGUUGAUGGACAUUCGGGUUGUUUUCAUUUGGGGACCAUUACAAAUAAAGCUACUAUGAACAUUUGUGUGCAAGUCUUCACACAGGCUUAUGUGUCAUUUCUCUUAGGUAAAUAACCAAGGAGUGAAAUAGCUAUAUCAUAUGAUAGGUGUAUGUUUAACAUUUUAAGAAACUCUGGCUAUGUUUUAACAACUUCUUUUGAAGAAGAUAGGACAUCAGUUCUUUUGAAAAGACCCAGGGGAUAACCCCCUCUCAAUGUGCCAUACCUCUGGUGUUCAGCCUGCUCUUCUGUGAAGUGCAUCUGGAGUACCUCCUGCUAGGGAGACAAUGCCCUUUGUUCCAUAAAUUUAUGAGAUUAGUAUGUUUUGAAACCCAAGGCUAGAUUAAGACCCUUGUGGCCUCAAGGCCACUGCAAAAAUUACCUGUUUCCCAAAUUUUAAGUCAAAAAUCGUCACAUAGUGCUAACUAACAUGUAUAAUAUAGUCUAUAUAAUUCUCAUUUUCCCCAGAAUAACAACUUUGAUUCUUGACCACAAUUUUUCAAAUAUCUAACUCUGCCCCAAAUAAACAUUUGAAGAGUCUCUUUUCUUGCUGGAGUCCUAAGCAUGUGCUCAGUCUGCCUGGAAAGCCCUGAAACGUUUUCUGCAGGACACAGGUUCUAGCACAUCCGGUGUUCAUUUCCUGUCACUGUCCUUGCCUCUGUCACAGGUGGGGCUGCCAGGCAGCUCCUCUUGGAUUCACAGGCCUGUGGAUCAUCCUCUUAAAAUGGGCUUUUUCAACAGUUAAUGUAGCAUAAAUGUUACUAACUUUAAAACUUUUUAAUUUUUACUUAUCCAAUUAUUUGAGUGCUUCCAGUCUUAGAUUCCCACUUGAAUUAUCUUUUGUCUUACAAUCAGUCUAGCAUAACAAAAGGACAGAUUCUGGAACAUGGGGCUUUUUCACUGGCUAUGUGACUUCAAGUUCUUCAGCUUUUCUAUGCCUCACCUCCCUCAUCUUAAAUGAGGAUUAAGAUGCGUAUGUCAAAUCAUCGCAUGAAUUAAAUGAGAUAUUUAUGCAGGGCUCUAAGCACAAAGCUUGAUGUGUGGUAAACACUGAUCAUUUACAGCUAUGUUAUUAUUAUAGUCAGCAGUCAUCCUGUCUUCACCAAUGAAAGAGAGUAGUGGCACAGAUAAUUCAAAUAGUGAAUGAGAAAAUAGCUUUUCACUUGACAGAAAAAGUUCUUGGCAAACUCUGUCAUUCUGUUUAUGUUUUGGUUGGGCUUAAAUUCCUUCAGCACUCACAGACUAAUCAGAGCAGGGAGAAACCCUUCAGAGUGAAUAUUCAGAGAAUUGAGAUGUAACUUUAAAAUGAAAGUCAGGGGAAAGGCAAAUCAUAGGAAAAAUCAGUGUUUGUUUCUUUGAAUAGAGAUGUAGGGGCAGGAAAAGGAUAAAAAGGAUUAUUCCUUUCCUGCUUCCCCUCUAUACCAAGAGAAAGUUAACAAGAGAAAAGCAAAACAAAUUGGUUUCAUCAUAGUUUUAUAUGACACAGGAGCCUUCAGACUGAGACCUAAAGACCUGGGCUGAAUUAUACACUUUUAUUCUUAGAUUCAAAGAAGCAUGGACAACUGUGUAGACAUAUGAUUGGACAUAAAAGGUCCUAGGCUGAAUUAUCCAUUUUUAGGCUUAUAGUCAGUGAAACAUGGAAAACCGUGUAGAUGUAUAAUUAGAUACAAAGGUUCUGAUCUAACUGUAGUAGACUGAGUGGAGAAAUCCAGCAAGGCCUGUUUAGAUUUUUCUGGCCUUUCUGUUCAGCAUGUGAGGCAGAGAAUUUCUGUAUGGCCAUCCUCAAGACAGAAAGAAGGGGAAAGAUAAGAGUAAUAUUUCUAGCUUUACGGCUUGCCUUGGGGGAAAGCGUCCUGGUUUUUAGGACCUACCUUGGGGAAGAGAAAUUAUGAUUUCUAAGGCUUGCCUUGGGAGGAGGAAGGUGGAGACAAGAGAGCAGGAGACAAGAAGACAAAAGAAGGACAGAGACUGCUUCUGAGGCCUUCCUCACUUUAGGGUAUCCUUUUCUGAGCUCCAAUGGGGAGUAAUAAUAAACAGUCUAAAGAGUUUCAAGUUAUAAUCUGUCAGCUUCAGAAUGAGGACAACCAGUGGGAAAAAAUGCAUGCAGUUUAGAGAUAGAAGAGUAAAACUCUGGGGUCAGCAUUGUGGCACAGCAGGUUAAGCCACCGCUUGCAACACCUGCAUUCCUAUCAGAGCACGAAUUCAAAGUCCUGGCUGUUCCAUUUCCAACCGAGUUUCCUGCUAAUAUACCUGGGAAAGCAGCAGAAGAUGGCCCAAGUACUUGGACCUCUGCCAUCCAUGUGGAAGAACCAGAUGGAGUUCCUGACUCCUGGCUUCAGCCUAGCCCAGACCUGGGUGUUGCAGCCACUUGGGGAAUGGAAAAAUCUCUUUCUCUCUCUGUUAUUCUGCCUAUCAAAUAAAUAAUCUGUUUUUUAAAAAGAAAGAAAAGCUUAGUUUUGGCUUGGAUUAUGUGGCUACUGAGUGAUGGAGCUAACAUUGUUUACCAUCUUGAUCAGAUCCGUUUUGUAGAAAGGCACGGAACAUUACAUAACCUUACCCAGGUUUUUGGAGCCAAUGUAUUUUAAAGCCUCAAUGAAUUGAGAAGAAACAAUAAAAAUAGUGCUGUGAAAUUCUCUGACUUCAAAAUAGCAAAGAUAGAGCUAACUAUUGAGAGGAAAUGUUGAGUCUUAAGAAUGUUGACCACAUCAGUAUGACAAGGAAAAUAAUAAUGUGUAAACACUAUGUAAAAGUUAGAAGGCAGAAUUCGAAAGUUAAUCUACCAAAGCACCGAAAUUAUUAGUAUCAGGAAAGGAGCUCGCAUAGUGUAGGGAAUCUGAUUUUAAUUUGGGUUUCUUGAAUAUGAUGGAAGAGAAUCAAUUAAUGACAUUUUAUAAGGAGUCUUGGCAACAAGUGAUGGAAAUAUAUAUCAUACUGGUUUAAAUUAAAAUAAAGGGAGAAUGAUUGGCUUAUAUGAUGGGAGGUCUGGCAGAGUAAGUGACUGAAGUUAGAUAGAUGCUCCGUUACUGUUGUCAGGAAUCUAUCUGGUCUGCUUUUCUAUGCCUUCUUACAGACAGACAUGACAGCUGUCUGCUUACUUGUCCUGUGGCUAGCUGAUGAAACAAAUGUGUGUUGCCCCCUCCCCAAUAGUACUAGGGAGAGCAAAUUCCCCUCUACUCACCACUCAAAAAAAAACCCUUAUUUGAGAGACAAUUGACUUGAGGAAAUCAGGUUUAUUUAAGAAGCCCGGCAACUUGAGGGUAUGAUGGAUUUUUGGCACAUCCUAAAUCCUCAGGUUAAUGGGAGAACUUUUCAAAGGAGAAAGGGGAAUUAAGGGGCAGUUAGGGACAAUAAUGAGCAUUGUUGCCUCCGGGCACAUUCUCACGGUUCUGAUAGCAUCCCGAAUCUGGCCAGGUGGUAGUCCAUUUGACCUGGGGCUUGGCUAUUUACAGCUGGUUGUCAUAAAUUCCUGCCUUAUCCUGAGGUCCUGCAAUUUCAGCCAGCUUCCCUGAGGUCAGUCCCUGGAAUUGUUAAGCAAGCAUUGUUUAUCUGUUCAGUUAAACAUAAGUCUGAUUAGUCUCGAAGUCAGCAGUUAGCUUUUGUUAAAAGGAGAGGAAAUGGAGUCACUUGAGUUACUGCUACCAAUCAUUCUAGCAAACAUCUUGGGGAUGACUCAGAUGAUUCUCACUGGCUGGCUCAGAUCUUGUGUCUAUCUUUUUGCUAAUCUUUGUGACCAAGUAGAUGAGUUGGCCAAGCUUGUGCCAAGUGCUCUCAGAGCCAUAGCCCCAGGCAGGGUCAGCUCCAUCUGAACUGCUUGGACUGAAAGUUCAGGAGGAAUGUUUCCCUCAGCUGGAGAAGACGUAAGGGCAGAGUUAAACAACAACAAAAAAUAUGAAUGUCCACUACUGAUGUUUUGAUCAUCAGUUAUGUUGUUUGUACUAUGAGACCAAAAUGGAAAUGCCAACUUGUAUCUAACUAAAGAAGGAGAAGUUAAAAUAAAAUCAAAAGUUAAAUGGUAAAGAAUUGUUUUAUAUGUGCUAUCAGAACAUAGUAUGAAUUUUAUGUUGAUGAAUGAAGAGUUUCCUUUUGCUUUUUCAAUGUGUAAAGUGCCCUUAUAAACUAAACUAUUUCUAGCCCUACAAAGGUUUGGUUUAUGGUACUUUGCCAGAAUUUGUAUGUUAUGGAAUGGUAUUUCAGGAGUGUUUAGUAUUUUAUUGAGAAAUCAUCUGCUUUUGAUUUGCUUUAGUGCAUUUGCAUUAUCAGAAAAAAUAUAUCUUUCAUUUAUAGUCAUCCUUUUGAGAAGGAUAAUACCUUAAAACUUCAUUAAGAUUGAUUCUAAAUGGUAUAUAAGAUACCAAUUGCUUUUCUCCAGCUACUUAUUAUCAUUGAUAAAAAAUAUUGAAGAAUUGAAAUCCAGUAUAUAUAUACCACUACAAAUAAAAGAGAAAAAUAAACCCACCAUAGGAUAAGAAAGCAAAUAUGCUAAUCACAAAACCAUGUAUCUAUACAACAUAUAUACCAUUAUAUAUAUGUAUACACAUAUACAUAUACAAAUUGAGCAUAAAGUUGACUCUGAGCUUCCCAGCAGUAGGAACCAAAAAAUUGAUAUCAGUGGGUUACGUUGCUGUCAACUAAAAGGUGGAUGCCUAAUAAUUUUUCAAGGACAGAACAAAACUUUCCCCUGGUAUUAAAUUGUAAAACAAAUUCUUCAUGUGAAUUCCUUACAUCAUGCAAGAUAAUGGACAACACAGAAGCAAUAUGGUUCUUCUUUCAAUAAUUCUUGAUAAAAAAGCAGGCCAUAAUACUCAAUGAUAGUGACUCUACUAAAGGGUAAUAGGGUGAUGAUUUUUAGAUAGCUGUAGCUUUUAGAUGAUCUUCCUUGAUACAAGGACAGAUUUUUGUAAUACUUAAUUUUUCUUUUUUUUAAAGAUUUAUUUAUUUAUUUGAAAGUCAGAGUUAGCCAGAGAGAGAAAGAGAGACAGAGAGAGAAAUCUUCCAUCUGCUGGUUCUCUCCUAUUGGCCACAAUGGCUGGAGCUGCGCCGAUCCCAAGCCAGGAGCCAGGAGCUUCUUCUGGGUCUCCCACACGGGUGCAGGGGCCCAAGGACUUGGGCCAUCUUCUACUGCUUUCCCAGGUUACAGCAGAAAGCUGGAUCGGAAGUGGAGCAGCCGGGACUUGAACCAUUGCCCAUAUGGGAUACUGGCACUGGAGGCAGCAGCUUUACCUGCUAUGCCACAGCGCCAGCCCCCCCCCCCUUUUAAGAUUUAUUUUAUUUAUUUGAAAGAGUUAUAGAGAGAGGUAGAGGCAGAAAGAGAGGUCUUCCAUCUAUUGGUUCACUCCCCAGAUGGCCGCAACAGCUGGAGCUGUGCCAAAGUCAGGAGCCAGGAGCUUCUUCCUGGUCUCCCACAUGGGUGCAGGAGCCCAAGGACUUGGGCCAUCUUCUACAGCUUUUCCAGGCCAUAGCAGAGAGCUAGAUCGGAAGAGGAGCAGCUGGGACUAGAACCAGCGCUCAUAUGGGAUGCCGGCACUUCAGGCUAGGGCUUUAACCUGCUGCGCCACAGCACCAGCCCCAGUACUUAAUUUUUCUUAGAUCUUUCUUUCUUUUUUAAAGAAGAUUUAUUUAUUUGAAAGGCAGAGUCACAGAGAGAGGGAGAGGUAUAGAGAAAGAGAUCCUCUAUCCACUGAUUCAUACACACAAACCCCAAAAACUAGAAGUUUGUUUUUAUAGCUGAAUAGUUGUACCUUAACUUCUAUACUUAUAUUUUUAUGUAAUAUUGAGUUUUCCAUGUCUUCUUGGAUAGUGAGACCAUAGUCAUCUUGUAAUUAUUACUGAAAUUUGAAGAGGUUCAUUUGAUUAUUAAAAGAGUUCACUUACUUGACAACGGCUUUGGAGUCCUCUGUACUUAGCAUGCCUACAUGCUAAAAUAAAAAAGUACUUAUGAUGGUGGGACUUGGCUUGCUAUCUAGAAUUACACUGUCUCAUAGGGUAACUACCAGCUCCAUGUAACUUUUUAAGUUUAAAUUAAUUAAAAUUAUAUUAAAACUAAAAUCCUCACACAGUAACCAUGUUUCAAAUGCUCAGUAGCAAUAUGGGGCUACUGUGUAAUUGCAAAUUAGAGAAUAUUUCCAUCAUUAUAGGAAGUUCUCUUGGCCAGUACUACUCUGGAGUAUACAUUCUUCCAUGACCUCUCCCUCUCUUCCUGUGUCCCUAAAAUUAAAAAACAAAACAAAACAAAAAAAGCAGCUUCCUCUAAGAAUGACUUCUACAACUUCCAACAUUUGGGGAGACAGCUUAUUUUCCCAAAUGAUUCUACAUGAUAUUUGACAUACAAGAAUCUUUGUUGGCCUAGUUGAUAUUUUUGUGGCACAGGAAAUCAUGCUAACCCAUAACCCAGAUCAAGUUGCUCUACGUUUCUUACUGAAGUGGCAUGUCCACAGAACCAGCUGGUUUUUAUUUGCAAGACUGUACUUUGAACCAAGAACAUUAGAAACAUUUCUAGACCUUGUUUUGUCAAAUUGCUUUUGAGACUCCCCCAACCCUGGUGACUUACUGUUAGUAAUUAUGUUGCUUUUGAACCUUACAGCAAAUAUGUUAGCUUCUAUAAUAGAUCUGGCCAUCUUAUUUAAAAAAAAAAAAAACAGCUUUAUUGGUAUGGGCACUGUGGUGCAUAGGGCUAAGCUGCUACAUGGGAUGCCUCCAUCCCAUAUCUGAGUGCUGGUUCAAGUCUUGGCUUCUUCUUUGCUUCCAAUCCAGCUUCCUGUAAAUACAACUGGGAAAGCAAGAGAUGAACCAAGUACUUGGAUUUCUGCCACCCAUGUAGGGGAUCCAGAUGGACUCUCAGCUCCUGGUUCCAUCCUGGCCCAGCCCUGGCUGUUGCAGUCAUCUGGGGAGUGAACCAGUAGAUGGAAGCUAUUCUCUCUCUCUCUCUCUCUCUCUCCCUCCCUCCCUCCCUCCCUUUCUCUUUUUCUGUCACUCUGCCUUUCAGAUAAAUAAGUAAAUCCAUUUAAAAAAAACUUUAUUGAGGUAUGGUUAACAUACAGAAAACUGUAGAUAUUUAAUGUAUAUAACCUGAUAUGCUUGUUGGCCAUCUUAUUAACAUAGCCUACAAUAAGACAGUCCACUAUAAUUCCUUCUAUAGUUAAUGUGUAUUAUUUUGCAAGAAAAAGUAAAUGUGAUUCUUUAACUAUUAGGCCAAGGCAUCUGCAUCCCAUAUCAGAGUACUUGGGUUUGAGUCCCAGCUGUGGCUCUUGAUUUCCCAUGUAGACCAUGGGAAUCAGCAGGUGUUGGCUCAUGUAGUUGGGUCCCUGUCACCCAUGUGGGAGUCCUGGAUUGAGUUUCCGGCUCCCAGCUUCAGCCUCAGUCCAACUCUAGCUGUUGUGGGUGUUAAGGAGAUGAAAUAGUAGAUGGGAGCUCUCUGUCUCUCUCUCUCCUCAAAUAGUAAGGAAGGUAUAAGUUCUUCAUCUUCUUUCCAUUGUUGAUCUAAAGAGUCUUGAUAUAAGGCCAUGUGUAUUAAUACAGGCUUAUGUGGUAUACACCAAUGUUGUUUUGGUCUUGUGCACUUUCAUCUUACCUGGGUAAACCUCUUUGGUUCUUUUCAGUCCUAACAUUCCUCAAUAACUUCCUUUAGAGACAUGUGCUGACUGUGUAUUUGCCAACGAUAUUAUGUUGCUCAAGUGUAUAGUAGGACAGUACACUAAACAUCUUUGCUGUAUGUAAAAUAAUCCUGGAAAGUUUUCUUUUACCAAAUGAGCUAAGUACUGUGCAAUAUUUAUUAAUGGUCAGGUUUGGACACUCCAGAACUGCACAGAAACAGGCAACCAUGUUCCUUCUCCCUGCUGCACACACAAUGAUCUGAUCAAGAGAGCAGAUCUCUGUUCAGAAUGUUCUUGGUCACUGGACACCUCAUAACUGAGGCCUUACAUUAACCACUGCUGUUCCAAUUUCAAGGCUCUGAGACCAUUUCCCAAGCUCAUAAACAACAUGGUCAGUUCAACAUUCUUUAUAAAAGUGUUGGCAAUUAUGGAGCAAGGUGGUGGGCUACAGGCAAGGUAAUUUAUAUUAACCUUCACUUUUGUGUGACUUUGAAAAGGUACAAAGAGUGGAGAAAUGUUGUCACCCAUUUGGGUGAAUUUAACACAGCUAUUUUUACUGCUAAUAAUAAGAUAUAUCACUGAAGCCAAAAUUUGCCCAAAGAUUAGUAAGACUUCAUUUUGGACCCAUGUCUUAAUUUAUUGUCAGAAGUUGAAUAUACAUAUGGGGAAAUACUGAACCUUAUUUAAAUAUAGCAUUAAGUGACUAAUCCGUGCCCAAUUUUGAAAUGUCAGAAAAAUCAGUAAGAUGUUAUUGUUAUACAAAACAGUUACACUUAUAUAAUAUUACCUCAGAUAUUUAUGUUUCCUUAGUCACUAGAUUUUUAUUCCCAAGUAUUUUUAUUAUUAUUUUGCCUUUUCUUCAAAUAGUUAAUGGAAAAAAUGGAAUGAAAAGAAAUUCAUGCAUAGUUUUUCAUAAUAUGCAUUUUUCAUGAACUUUUUGGAGACCCCCUCAUAUACGUAUAUAUACAUAUACUGUCUUUUACACACAAUAAACUUAGCUUUUUAUUCCACUUUCCACAAACGUUUUAAAGUAAUCUCCUAGAGUUGUCUUGUGCAGGGUAUACCUGUCAGUCCGUUUUCGAAACUAUUUCUAUGACUUUGAUUUGUUUUUAUCUCACGUUGCUGAACAACAAGAAAAGCAUUAAAGAAAAUAGCUCCAAUGAAUAAAAAAUGUGAUUUCUUCUAUGUGUAUUUUUGAUAGCAUUGACUUCACUGAAAAUCUAUUUUGAGUCCCUCAUUCUAUAUCAAUAAUAAUAUUAUUAUGACUUGAAACACACACGCACACGCACACACACUCAGCCCUCCAGCGACCAGUCGGUCUUAAGGCAAUAGCAGACGCCUGAUUGGCGGGCUCUGUUUAUUCUGUGACCAGAUUCCUUCUAAAAGAAGGCAGCCUGUGACUGCCUGAAGCCUAUUGGCCAGGCGUACUCUGGACCCUCCCCACACCCUUUUUUUUUUUUUUUUCAUUGCACACACCACAGGGAAGUCUGUGCGGAAUCCUAAACCAACCCAAUUUACAUCCAUUCAUGAUCUGUGACGUCAGCAAGCCUGUGGGCUCCUUUGCAGUGGGCUGGAGGAUUGUGUGGCUGGAAUCCCCCUCGCCUGUAUUUUUAUCAUUUUGCAAGGCUGUUUAAAUUAACCUUCUACUUUUUAAAGCAAGAAAAUGGGACAGCAUGUGUAGGAAUCCUUCAUUGUUGUUUUGGAGCCCUCUCUUACAUCAGAACUGUUUUCUACAAAUCUGAGUGUCAUCUCAGGCCCUCGGUCACACUCAUGGCACGAUGGCCAGCCCUCAGGAGCACCUGAGCUGCUCCUCUUCUCCACAUCUAUCCUUGAGUGAAAACAAAACCUUCAGUGGAUUACAAGAUGAGCUCACAGCCAUGGGGAACCACUCUGCACCCAAGCUGCUCGAGGACCAGCAGGAAAAGGGGGUGGUGCAAACAGAGCUCAUGGAGAGCGUGAGCAGCCCCGUCACUGCAGCUGUGUUGACCAGCAUAAGCGAGGAUUCCAGGGACCAGUUUGAGAACAGUGUUCUUCAGCUGAGGGAACAAGAUGACCCAGACGUGGCUGUGUCUCAGGGGAAUGGCCACACUGUGGAUGGAGAGAGCACGAGCGGAACAGAAGAUGUCAAGAUUCAGUUCAGCAGGUCGGGCAGUGGCAGUGGUGGCUUUCUUGAAGGACUCUUUGGUUGCUUGAGGCCUGUGUGGAACAUCAUUGGGAAGGCAUAUUCCACUGAUUACAAAUUACAGCAGCAAGAUACUUGGGAAGUGCCAUUUGAGGAGAUCUCAGAGCUGCAGUGGCUGGGUAGUGGAGCCCAAGGAGCUGUCUUCUUGGGCAAGUUUCGAGCAGAAGAGGUGGCCAUCAAGAAAGUGAGAGAGCAGAAUGAGACGGAUAUCAAGCAUCUGAGGAAGCUGAAGCACCCCAACAUCAUCGCAUUCAAGGGUGUUUGUACUCAGGCCCCAUGUUACUGUAUCAUCAUGGAAUACUGUGCUCAUGGCCAACUCUAUGAGGUCUUGCGAGCUGGCAGGAAGAUCACACCUCGACUGCUGGUAGACUGGUCCACAGGGAUUGCAAGUGGAAUGAAUUAUUUGCAUCUCCAUAAGAUUAUUCAUCGUGAUCUCAAAUCACCAAAUGUCUUAGUGACUCACACAGAUGCAGUAAAAAUUUCAGAUUUUGGGACAUCUAAGGAACUCAGCGAUAAAAGUACCAAGAUGUCCUUUGCUGGCACCGUUGCAUGGAUGGCGCCAGAGGUGAUACGGAAUGAACCUGUCUCAGAAAAAGUCGACAUCUGGUCUUUUGGAGUGGUGCUUUGGGAGCUGUUGACAGGGGAGAUUCCUUACAAAGAUGUAGAUUCUUCAGCCAUCAUUUGGGGUGUUGGAAGCAAUAGCCUGCACCUUCCAGUUCCUUCCACCUGCCCUGAUGGAUUCAAGAUCCUUAUGAAACAGACAUGGCAGAGUAAACCUCGCAAUCGGCCUUCCUUUCGGCAGACACUCAUGCAUUUAGAUAUCGCGUCCGCAGACGUCCUCGCCACCCCACAGGAAACUUACUUCAAGUCUCAGGCUGAGUGGAGAGAAGAAGUGAAAAAGCACUUUGAAAAGAUCAAAAGUGAAGGAACGUGCAUACACCGAUUGGAUGAAGAACUCAUUCGAAGGCGCAGAGAAGAGCUCAGGCAUGCUCUGGAUAUCCGUGAGCACUAUGAGAGGAAGCUGGAGCGGGCCAAUAAUUUAUACAUGGAGCUGAGUGCCAUCAUGCUGCAGCUGGAGAUGCGGGAGAAGGAGCUCAUUAAGCGUGAGCAAGCAGUGGAAAAGAAGUACCCUGGGACCUACAAACGACACCCUGUCCGCCCAAUAAUCCACCCCAAUGCCAUGGAGAAGCUCAUGAAGAGGAAAGGUGUGCCUCACAAGCCUGGCAUGCAGACCAAACGGCCAGAUCUGUUGAGAUCUGAAGGUAUCCCCAGUGCUGAAGUAGCUCCUACUGCAUCCCCCUUGUCCGGAAGUCCCAAAAUGUCCACCUCAAGCAGCAAGAGCCGAUAUCGGAGCAAACCACGGCACCGCCGCGGGAACAGCCGAGGCAGCCACAGUGACUUUGCAGCCAUCUUGAAAACCCAGCCAGCCCAGGAGAAUUCCCCCCAUCCCACCUCCUCCCCACCACAAGAUGAGUCCCAACACCCUUCUGUCCGUCACCAUACUCCUCUGCAGCAGCAAUACCAGCAACCCCCUCCUGCCUUGUCUCAGAGCCCCCACCCCAGACUCAAUAUGCACGGACAGGACAUUGCAACCUGCGCCAACAACCUGAGGUAUUUCGGCCCAGCAGCCGCCCUGAGGAGCCCACUCAGCAACCAUGCUCAAAGACAGAUGCCAGGCUCCAGCCCCGACCUCAUCUCCACAGCCAUGGCAGCAGACUGCUGGAGAAGCUCUGAGCCGGGCCAGGGCCAGCCUGGCCCCUGGGGCUGCUGUCAGGCUGGCCCAUAUGACCCUUACCUCCAAUGCAGGCCUGAACAGUGUGGGUCCUUAGACACACCCACCGCUGAGCCCGUGGGGAGGAGCCCCAACCUUUCCAAGUCACCAGCACACAAUCCCCUCUCGGAAAAUGCCCAGGGUCCUGAGAAAAGGGAAGAAAAUGAAUUUGAUGGCUGUGGGUCUGCCUCAUCACUUGGCACCCCUCAUCACAUGACCCCCCCAGUGCUACCUCGAAAAACAAGGCCCCUGCAGAAGAGUGGGGAUGACUCCUCAGAAGAAGAAGGGGAAGUAGACAGUGAAGUUGAAUUUCCACGAAGACAGAGGCCCCACCGCUGCAUCAGCAGCUGCCAGUCGUACUCCACCUUCAGCUCCGAGAACUUCUCCGUGUCUGACGGAGAGGAGGGAAACACCAGUGACCACUCAAACAGCGCCGAGGAGCCGGCCGGCAGGCUCGAGGGCCGCCUGGCCGAGCAGCUGGACGACCUGCUGUCGCAGACGCCCGAGAUCCCCAUCGACAUCUCCUCACACUCGGACGGCCUCUCGGACAAGGAGUGCGCCGUGCGCCGCGUGAAGACGCAGAUGUCCCUGGGCAAGCUGUGCGCCGACGACCGGGGCUACGAGAACCCGAUGCAGUUUGAAGAAUCGGACUGUGACUCUUCAGACGGGGAGUGCUCCGACGCCACGGUGAGGACCAACAAACCCUACAGCUCCGCCACCUGGUAACGAAGAAGCAGCCGGUCCUGAAGCCCCCCGCACGCGGCGGUUCACACCCGCCCCACCCCCAGACUCCGCCCACCCUCUCCCCGCUUUUUGCCUGGGAAGGGAGCUGCCCCGUCUUCACUACCCCUAGAAACGAGCUGCAAUAACAGGAACAUGAGACUUCGCAAAUCUCUGGAGAAAAAUACCCAAGUGAAAUUAAGUCUCACUGAACAUUUCAAUCAAGAAUGGCAGGGAUCUAUUUUAUUGAAUAUUCUAGCUACUGUAACAUUGAUAUUUAUUUUUGACAUUUUAACACUUUAUACUGUAAAGAGUGAACUAUAUAUGAUAUAUAGAGAGACACAAUAAUUUCUUGAAAAAAAAAAGAAAAACAAUGGAAAGAAGUGGAAUUUAGGAACAACAUCAUUUGGAAUUUGUGGGGCUGGGAGGUACUAUUGCUGCUUCAACAGGGGACCAGUUCCUUGGCCAUAAGUGAUGGCAGAAGAGCCAGAGCAAGACAUACUGAACAUUUUAGCUUGUGAAGGACAAAAGAAAGGCAGGUGACUUGUGAACAGAUCACGUUCAGUCCAAACAGCUUGUCCAGGUGGAGGAUGGACACGAUCUAGAGAAGUUGGGUGAACAGAUGCUGGCACCCGCGGUCUUUGAGGGCGUGUGCUUCCUGUGGGCGGAAACAAACUGUAUGCGGAAGCUGAUUUCAUUUUCAAGUUUAUAAGCAGCAUUUGGUAGUGAGGCUUGCAGAUAGUCCCUGGCGAAUACUCCCCUUGUUAAUGCUGUCACUGUCACUACCUUGACCAAUGUGUUAUCUUGACCAGUGUGUUGAUCUUUUAGAUUCACGUGCCGCUUUCUUGUAGCUUAUGUCCUUUCCACCUGUUAGCCACUUCCUUUAGGAAAAAGGGUUGGGGGGUUCUGAGGAGAAAAGGAUAGGGAAAAAGAGCAUUUGCAACAGUGUUAGAAAAGCAUCUGUAGAAUUUGUGAAAAUAUAUCCUCAGGAGGGCUCAGUGCUGUCUGCUGGAGUCAUUUUGACUCAAGCAGCAGAACAGCCUUUGAAGGCAGCUAGGAUGUCCGUCUGUGUCCAAGCCCAAACCCUCCUUUGUUUUUGUUCAAUAACACAUUCUGUCCUGAAGCUUUAGUGACUGACUACACUGUCAGAAUAAAGGCAAGCUAGGCAGCUUAGAAAAGCAAGCAAACCCUUUCCCAGCACAAUAGCGUUUUUGUUAACUACUACUUGCAAAAUACAUUUUACUUCACUCUGAAUCAAAACCGUUCUUGGAUAACUGGAUUUGGAAAUUUGUGGAAAGAACAACUGAUGCCAAGCAGGGAUUGGAAAGACUUUACAUUGUCCCAAGCACGAGGAGGUCCUUCCUGUCUCCAGGGUCACGGACUCAGAAAAGCAUCCCAAGGUAACUCCACAGCACCUUGGCUUAAAGGAAAAUUUUAACUAGAAUUCUCUGUACAAACCCACGUGGACCUCGUUGCUGUCUCUGUCUGCAAGACAGGUCACUGUCAAACGACCUCUGUAGACUCUUGAAGCUCUGACGGCACAUCAUGCUGGAAGUUAGGGGAGACUUGCACAUUCAGGUAUUAAAGCAUUUCCUGUGCAGGUGAACAUGUUGCCCCUCCUCCGGGUUCCACUGACCGCAUCAGCCAAAAAGGAAAGGCAGGAGGGAGUUGAGAGCAGUUCCUUUCGCUUGUCUGAUCCCUCCAUUUGUUUACACUUUAUGUUGAGACAUUGAUUUAAAAUGUAGUGUCUGUAAUUUAUAGCAUCUAGGUAGGAUGAAGGAAAAUGUGUAACUUAUACAGAGGACAGUAUUGUUUGCAUUAAAUUAUUCCAUUUUGUAUAAAUUCUGUAGCUGGACUACAUGAAUGAUCUUAAGUUAUGACAUUAUUAUUGUUAUUUUAUAUUAUCAUUCUCAUUUUCUGUAGAUCAGAAGGUGUGUUUUACGAUGUAACACAAUGAUUGUGUUUAUUGCUAACCAUGAAUUACAAUGGAUUUCAUGAUUUUAAUGAAGGAAUGAAAAUGGAACUGCCAUUGGGGAGCUCCCUGGUAUUCAUCUGAGCUGUAAUCCCUAAUUUUCUGUGUCCAGCAACAAUCAUCUGAGGAUGUGUGUCCCGCCCUGAAGCCCAGUGAACACAUUGUAAUUUUGACUUGACCAUGAAAGCUCCUAAGCGGGCAGAUGACUGAGUGGAUGGACAAGUAGUUCAAAAGCUGUAUACUUUCCCAAGUUUCCUAAGAAUAAAAUCAUGGGACUACA